AUGGCCAUUGCGACCAGAGCCUACGCCAAAAAAAGCAAGCGAUACUUCAGAAGUGCUGCGCCUCUGUCGAGCUCUUCCGCUCAAGCGAGACGGAGUUUCAAGAGCAUAUCAGACACCUACCGGGCAUGUAGCGGUCAAGACCACUUCACCCGGACCUCGGCGCUGGAUAUUCUCAAACAAGGCCAACUUCCUAUUGUGCCCACCGAGCGCCUGAGAGGACCAUACUUGUCAGGUGAACAGCGGAACGUCUUCGCCAUAUGUCAGUCGAUGCAUGCCUACAGCAACAUCGGUACACGGCACCCACCGCAGAGCAAGGCAUCACGCACCAAACGAGAAACGAAGCGACCGACGAAUCGUGGAACCGCGUCCUACACCAUCAGCACGGAUAUGCUUGAAUGA